ACAAGAUGUCUGUGAAAUGGCUCUCAUUUCUGCUGCUACUACAGCUGACUUGCUACUUUAGCUCUGGGAGUUGUGGGAAGGUGCUGGUGUGGCCAAUGGAAUAUAGUCCUUGGAUGAAUAUGAAGACAAUUCUGGAUGAACUUGUCACAAGAGGUAAUGAGGUCACUGUUUUGACAUCUUCAGCUUCUGUUGUUAUUGAUCCCCAAAAGCCAUCUGCUAUUAAGUUUGAGACUUUCCCUGUAUCUUUAAAUGAAGAUGAAUUUGACAAUAGCAUCAGCCUUUUGAUCACAACAUGGACAAAUAUGUCAAAAAAUUCGUUUUGGCCUAAUUUUUCACCAAUAAGAAGUUUACUUGAGAAAUAUUCUGAUAUGCUUCUGCACAUCUGUAAAGAAGUGGUUUCGAACAAGAAACUCAUGACAAAACUACAUGAAUCAAGGUUUGAUAUCGUUCUUGCAGAUGCCGUUGCACCCUGUGGUGAGCUGCUGGCUGAGAUACUUAAAAUACCUUUCAUGUACAGUCUCUACACCUCACUUGGCUAUUCAAUUGAAAAGCUUAGUGGAAGAUUUCCUUUGCCACCAUCCUAUGUACCUGUUAUGACUUCAGAAUUAAGUGAUCACAUGACAUUCAUGGAGAGGGUUAAAAAUAUGAUAUAUGUACUUUACUUUGACUUCUGGUUCAAGACAUUUAAUGAGCAGAAAUGGAAUCAGUUUUACAGUGGAGUACUAGGAAGACCCACUACAUUAUCAGAGACAAUGGGGAAAGCUGAAAUAUGGCUCAUUCGAACCUAUUGGGAUUUUACAUUCCCGCGCCCACUGCUACCAAAUUUUGAAUUUGUUGGAGGCCUCCACUGCAAACCUGCCAAACCCCUUCCUAAGGAAAUGGAAGAGUUUGUGCAGAGCUCUGGAGAAAAUGGUAUUGUGGUGUUUACUUUGGGGUCAAUGGUCAGUAAGGUGACAGAAGAAAGAGCCAAUAUAAUCGCAUCAGCCUUUGCCCAGAUUCCACAAAAGGUUCUGUGGAGAUACGAUGGCAAGAAACCAGACACCCUAGGGCCCAAUACUCGGCUGUAUAAGUGGAUCCCCCAGAAUGACCUUCUCGGUCAUCCAAAAACCAAAGCUUUUGUAACUCAUGGUGGAAGCAACGGCAUUUAUGAGGCCAUCUACCACGGGAUCCCUAUGGUGGGCCUUCCUUUGUUUGCUGAUCAACCUCAUAACAUUGCUCAGAUGAAGGCCAAGGGAGCAGCUGUCAGGUUGGAUUUGGAAACAAUGACAAGAGUCGAUUUCCUUGCUGCAUUGAAGGAAGUCAUUAACAAUCCUUCAUACAAAGAGAAGGUGAUGUGGUUAUCAACCAUUCAACAUGAUCAGCCAGUGAAGCCCCUGGACCGAGCAGUCUUCUGGAUCGAGUUUGUCAUGCGCCACAAAGGAGCCAAGCACCUGCGGCCAGCCGUCCACGACCUCACCUGGUUCCAGUACCACUCUUUGGAUGUGAUUGGAUUCCUGCUGGCCUGUGUGGCAUCUGCUGUGUUUGUCAUCACAAAAUGUUGUCUGUUUUGUUACUGGAAGUUUGCUAAAACAGGAGAGAAGGGGAAAACGGAGUAGCUACAUCUGGGUCCUGAAGCAGGUACACCCCAUAGAUGGAACUCCUCCAAUUUCUUCCAGCAAGAAGGAGAUAUGAUAAGGUUCCCAUCCUCCUGUGACAAAACGACUUCUCACAAUUUAGCAUCUCAGAUGAAAAUUCAUUUUCAAGGGAUUUUCUAACUGAGAUAGAAAUAUGUCAUGCCAAGGGAAAAAUUGGUGAAAAAUUAAAUGAAAAUAAAACUAUAAGGGUAUGUACUGAGAUUUUUACUGAAAAGAAAUUAUUUUAAUUCAAAAGUAAUACUGAAAAGAACUUCUUAAACUUAACCGUGCUUCACAUGUUGGGCAUAGACACAAGAGCAGUAACAAGUCUACUCAUAGCAUCCAAAUGAUAGUCAGAAUUUUUAACUUCCUUCUCAUGCAGAAUUUUAUAGUUUUUUCUUGCUGCAGGAACUGUUCAAUAUUGGAAUUCUAUAAAAAGAUUCAUCCCUCAUUUCAUUUGUGAGACCACUAAAAUUCCUUGGCUUUUACUAUGCAUCCAAUGUCAGCAUCACUUCUUAACUAAAGCCAUGGCAAGCCAUGUGCCUUCAUCCACUUUAACUCAUUUGCCAGCAGAUUGUUUGUGGAAUUAGACACAUGACUACAAUAUUAGUUACCUGCUUCCUAUUUAAAAUUGGGGUAUUUGUGAAAAAUCUUUGAUUUCAUAACAUAUUUCUCUUUUUCUCUUCCACCUAUAAAAAUAUUCACCUGAUUAUUUUCACUCUCAUAUUCAACCUUUGAUAAUGGAAGUAAGUUCUCAAUUGUAUAUUAAGAAAAUAUGUAACCUGUACUCUAAAGGGACUUACUGAAUUUUCAUUCAUUGCAUAUGAACCUGAAUCUACCUACAGAUUUUAUCUAUAUCUAUAUACUCAUCUAUAGCUAUAUAUUUCUG